AUGAAAGAGCAAAACCUCAGCCGAGGGAAACAAUACUUGGUCAAAUGGAAGGGAUGGCCGCACAGCAAAAACACCUGGGAACCAUCACGUCACCUAACCCACGCAAAGAAGGUCUUGGCAGCUUGGGAGAAAAAACAAUCUGAUCCGAACACCCGCAUUCGCGCCGUGCCAAUACUCCAAGCUGACCACUGGGAUUACCUCAUCCAUUGCUACAUACCCAAAGAUGAGCGGCUUCCAUAUCCCCGACGACAACUCUUUGACCCCUACAACAACGUCUUCACACCGAUCGGCUCUGUCAAUGAGGACAUCGACCCUAGAGAGGGGGUAAUGUCAUGA